CGCUCAUCUCUCUCUAUGCGGCACUUCCACUCUCGCCAGUUGGUGCCUGAAACUACGCUAAGAAGGACAGACAAAAAGGAAGAGAAGAAAAGUUAAAGCUAAGGGAAAGAAUAGGUGUUGAGGGUUAAAAAGGAAAAUGAGGAAUCACCAAACAAAGUUGGCCGCAUGCAUGCUGGUUCUUGCGGUGGUCGUGGCCGCUGCGCAGCAGGGUCGCCGGCCGGGUCCCGAGCAGCUUCAGGAACCCCCUGAAGGGUACUACGCGUUCGAAGAGGCGCCAAACGCGGAGCCGCCCAAGGUGCGUCGGCCGCCUUACCUGCAGACAGACGUGCCCUGCGCAGGACUAGCAAACGUUCAGCCUCACAUGUCGAUCAACAACUUGUGCGGUGACCUGAAUAAAGGGUAUAUUCCCAAGAACCCGAUACAUCCCAACAAAAAAGGUCCCGCCUAUCCAUUCGAGCUGAUCAAAUUGAAGACGCUGGAUUUCUUCAGCAAAACGCUGCCCAUCCUAAAAACAGACGACACUCUGCCGAAGGUGGCCAAAUUCCAAGAUCCACCAAAGUACUACCAAAGACCUAGCACGGGCAGACCACAAUUAUCUCCAGUUCCUCCUCAAUUCAGACACAAGCGAUCUGUGGAUACCGACGACUCUGAGCAACACGAUGGUCAAAAUGUAACUUCUUCUGCCAGGCAAGCUAGGAAGUUCUGUGAGAAUGGAGGUGGAAUGUUAUGCAUGCUGUACAAAGCCUUCAGAGGCGAGCCUUUGGCGUCAGGUCUGUUGGGCAUUGAGAGCCGUCGUGACGAUUUGGGUGGAGACGAUCAUCGUCGGGACACAAGCAGCAACAGUCUGCCUCAAGACAACGCGCCGCCCACACCUUGCCCUGCUAGGGUCGAGUACGCGACGCCCGUUUUUGCCAAAAAUUACCAGGGCGUUUGGCGCUAUGUGGUGCAAAUUCCCUACGAGGGCUACUUUACACAGACCGUCGAGGUCACCCGAUGCCUCAACUCAAAGUGCCACUACCUGGAAGGAUCGUGCAUGUCCUCUCCACGCUGGGUUAGCAUGUUGGUGGCAGAGCUUUACUACCCAGACUCCUACUUUCCCAACAAAGGACAACAGUGGCCUGCACGGCGACCUGUGGCCAACGAGAAGCCACCACCAGUGGCUGAUUUCCAAAACUACCAGCAGUAUCUGCAGAAACGAGCUGGAGAGGUCGAGUCGAGGAUCAUAGCAGGCGGCCCGAUGGUGGACGAAAGAAACGAGAAUGUGCAAAAUUCAACAGACUCCAGCACCACGGAAUCGACAACCGGCCAGGAAAGUGGAACUUAUUGUGACGGUGUUGACGAGCUUGGAUGCUACCAGGUGAGGCUUUACUACGAUUGGUUCCUUGUGCCAGGCAGUUGCAAGUGCUGGAGGCCCGACUUCUUCAACCGCUACACUCGUAGGAGAGUGUCCAAGUCUUCUAAGGACCUCUAAAAUGGAAUUCGAAAGGACUGAAAACCCCUCUAUCUCUUCCUGACAAUAGAAAAAAAUGCAACCGUGCCAACUUUUCUUUGUAACGGCAGGGCUACUGUUUAAAAAUUACAUUUUGCUCUCAAACUUCAGGGAAAUUUGAUGUUAAAUCAAACAAACUUUUCUGUACAACUAGGUGGUGGUUUUGUUGGGAAAAUAAAAUUUUUCACAAGCUGGGUGAAAAAAAUGCUUCAAGUUGAGGAUAGGAGCCUGACAAGACUAAAAUGAUACUCUACGUUUUUAAGAUCUUCAAAUUUUAUUUUUUAAGUUAUUUAUAUUUGUGCUUGUUAGCGACGUUAGCAUUGCAUUUUAGCAUAAAAAAAACAAAUAAAUUAUUAAUUUGAUAAGCGCAA